AUGGCUACCUCCUUCCCGGAGACCGAGCUUGCUCUGGAGGCAGUUGGAACCACACCCUACGACUAUGACUGGGCGCCGCCCUGUGAAAAAGUCAAUAUCAAGGAGCUGGGGUCGCGGUUUCUGCCCCCGCUGUACUCCCUGGUGCUCAUGGUGGGGCUCCUGGGCAACGUGGUGGUGGUGCUGAUCCUCACCAAGUACCGGAGGCUCAAGGUCAUGACCAACAUCUAUCUGCUCAACCUGGCGAUUUCUGACUUGCUCUUUCUCUUCACUCUUCCCUUCUGGAUCCACUACGUUGGGUGGAACGAGUGGGUUUUUGGUCCUGUCAUGUGCAAGCUCCUCUCGGGGUUUUAUUACCUGGGCUUGUACAGCGAGAUCUUUUUCAUCAUCCUGCUGACCAUCGACAGGUACCUGGCCAUCGUCCACGCCGUGUUUGCCCUUCGAGCCCGGACGGUGACUUUCGGUGUCAGCAGCAGCAUCUUCACCUGGGUCCUGGCAGUGCUGGCGGCCCUCCCCGAAUUUAUCUUUCAAGAGUCCCAACAGGGCUCCGAAGAGUCUGUCUGCAGUCCUCUCUACCCAGAGGACGAGGAAGACAGCUGGAAGCGUUUCCAUGCUCUGAGGAUGAACAUCUUGGGUCUGGCGCUCCCUCUGCUCAUCAUGGCCUUCUGCUACUCUGGGAUCAUCAAAACACUGCUGAGAUGCCCCAACAGAAAAAAGUACAAGGCCAUCCGGCUCAUUUUUAUCAUCAUGGUGGUCUUUUUCAUUUUCUGGACCCCCUACAACCUGGUUCUCCUUCUCUCUGUUUUUCAAAUGAACUUACUGGAGUACAGCUGUGAGCGCAGUAGACAUCUGGACCUGGCCAUGCAGGUGACGGAGGUGAUCGCCUAUACCCACUGCUGCGUCAACCCUGUCAUCUACGCCUUCGUGGGCGAGAGGUUUCAGAAAUACCUACGCCACUUCUUCCACAGGCACGUGGCCAUCUACCUGGGCAAAUACAUCCCAUUCCUUCCUACUGAGAAACUGGAAAGAAGCAGUUCUGUCUCCCCAUCUACUGGGGAGCCGGAACUGUCUGUGGUGUUUUAG